AUGUGGCUGCUAACAACCGAUCACGCGGAGCUAGUCCUCUAUCGCGAGCCCCCGGAGGUGUACGCCAUCCUUUCCCAUGUUUGGCGCGCAGAAGAGCAGUCGUUCCAGGAACUCUUCGCUAUCAUUCAGGAAUGCAAAGCCACCGGCGAGAACCCGCGCGACUACGUGGACGACAAAAUCCGGAAGUGCUGCCAGUGGGCGGAGGCGCACGGCUUCAAGCUGCUCUGGAUGGACUCGUGCUGCAUCGACAAGUCGAGCAGCGCGGAGCUCUCCGAGGCCAUCAACUCCAUGUUCAUGUGGUACAAGCAGGCGACGGUGUGCUACGCCUACCUCCGCGACGCCCUCGCGCAGGAGAGCCCGUCCUGCCCCGGGUCCUCGUUCCGGCAGAGCAAGUGGUUCACCCGCGGCUGGACUCUGCAGGAGCUCAUCGCUCCGCGCGACGUGGUAUUUCUCUCGGGGAACUGGCAGCCCUUGGCGUCGAAAAUCACUGCCGCGCGGCUCUUGGAAGAGAUCACUGGGAUCGAAGCCGCCGUGCUGCGUGGCAGGCGUUCGCUGGACGAGGUGAACGUCGCGAAGCGCAUGUCCUGGGCGGCCAAACGCGUCACGACCCGGAUCGAGGACCAAGCAUACUGCCUCAUGGGCAUCUUCGGCGUUAACCUGCCCACUAUCUACGGCGAGGGCUCGGAGGCCUUCAUCCGUCUUCAAGAGGAGAUUAUUCGGAGGACGCCCGACCGCACUCUGCUUGCAUGGGGG